AUGAGUAGCAUUGGAUAUGACCCCUACUACUCCACCUCGUCAUACAGACGUUGGUAUGUCGAGGCUCCCCCUCGUGUGGCGGUGACCAGAGGGAGGACCCACUCCGUCUACUCCUCCCAUGCCUCCCCGCUGGCCUCCUCCCGUGUGCUGUACUCCUCUCCCGGCCGAGUGCUGCUCUCCUCCUCCUCACCGGCCUCUUCCCUGGAGCUGGAGCUCAGCCAGGCGGCCCAGAUCAGCUCUGACUUUCGUGCCGUACGCACCCAAGAGCGCAGCCAACUGCAGGACCUCAAUGACCGCUUUGCUGGCUUCAUUGAGAGAGUGCGUGAGCUGGAGCAGCAGAACCGUGCUUUGGAGGCAGAGCUGCUGCUGCUGAGGCAGAGGCACACCGAGCCGUCCCGCCUGAGAGCACUGUAUGAGCAAGAGGCCCGGUCCCUGAGAGCAGCUAUGGACGAGGCCAGGGCAGAACAACAAGCUAUCCUGGGCCAGAGAGAGCGACUGGAACAAACCCUGAGCGCCUUGCAGAGUCGUUAUGAGGAGGAAGUGCUGGCUCGUGAAGAGGCUGAGGGCAGGCUGAUGGAGUCCCGUCGUGAGGCCGACCAGGCUGCCUUAGCUAAGGCUGAGCUGGAGAAAAGCGUUGAAACUCUGUUGGAGGAGCUGGCCUUCCUCAAGAGGAUUCAUGAAGGUGAGGUGGCUGAGCUCCAGGCCCAAGUCCAACUGGGCGUCCAGGUGGCUGUAGAGUCUGAGGCUGCAGCUCCUGAUCUCUCUGGGGCUCUCAGGGAUAUCCGGUCCCAGUAUGAGAGGCUGGCAGCAAGGAACAUGCAGGCAGCUGAGGAGUGGUUCAGAGGGAAGGUGGGCUCCCUCACUGAAACCGUGGCCCAGCACAGUGAUGCUGUGAGAAGCUCAAAGGACGAAGCAGGAGAGUACCGACGCCAGCUCCAGACCCGUAUGCUGGAGAUUGAUGCAUGCAGAGGCCUCAAUGAAUCCCUGGAGAAACAGCUACAUGAGAUGGAAGAGAAGCAGAGCGCUGAGAUAGCUGCUAUGCAGGACACCAUUGCAGAGCUGGAGAGUGAGCUGAGGGGCACCAAACAGGAAAUGGCUCGCUACCUGAAGGAGUACCAGGACCUUCUGAAUGUCAAGAUGGCGCUAGACAUUGAGAUUGCUGCAUACAGGAAGCUCCUGGAAGGGGAGGAAUCUCGCUUCAGUGUCGGAGUGGCUGGGGGAGUGUCCUCUUUGUACAGCCACAGUUUGUCAGCGCCCUCCUACGCCCGGCCCGUCCUCUCCAGCCUGAGCUCCGGCACCUCCUACCUGAUGACGUCACGCCUGCUCAGCUCCAGCGUCAGCACCACCGAGGGGAUCAUCUCUGCCAGCCAAGCCCAGCAAGCAGAGGCCGGCCCACCUGAGGAAGAGGAAGAAGCAGCAGAGGAGGAGGAGGUAAAGGAAGAAGAGGAGGCGGAGAAGGAAGAAGAGGGAGGAGAGGAGGUGGAGGAGAAAAAGGAGGAAGAGGAGAAGGAGGAGGAAGAGGGAGGAGAGGAGGGAGAAAAAGAAGAUGAAGAGGAGGCUAAGGAAGGAGAAGAAGAGGCUAAGGAGGAAGAAGAGGGUGGUGCUGAGGAGGAGCAAAAAGAAGAGGUGACAGAGGCUGCUGAGGACGAGGGGGAGAAAGAGGAGAAAGGAGAAGGAGAGGAGACUGAAGUCAAAGAAGAAGCACAAGAGGAGGAAAAAACAGAAGGAGCUGAUGAUAAAGAGGACGCAAAAGAAGGAGACAAAGAAGAGAAGGAGGAAGCAAAAAAGAGCGAAGAGAAAGAAGAUAAAGUUGAAGCCAAGAAAGAAGACAAAGCAGCCGACAAAGACGACAAAGCUGCUCCGAAAACAGAUGACAAAGCUGACACCAAAAAGGAGAAAGAUGAAGAAAAAGGGGCCAAACCUGAAGCUGCAGAAGAAAAGAGUACAAAGGAUAAGAAGUAA